UUAUUUCUGAUCUACCAGCAAACGAAUGUACUGUAACAAUGAGAAUUAGAGAAGCUUACAAAAUGUUUGCUAUAUAUAACAAUCCCUAUUUCAAAUUUGACAGAAAAAGUCCAAGAUCUCUGCAUCUCGCAAGCUGAUGUUAAAGAGUCUUAUGGUAGCUAAAGCAAAGGAUGAGUUAGAGCAGGAGCUGGCAGAAAAAGAGGUAGAAAAGGAAAGAUAUCUGGCUGAGAAAGCUCCUCCGCUACAGACUGGUGGCAUGUCUUUCGCCGAGCUUCAGGAGCUGUGUCAGGAACUACAUGCUAAAAUCGAUGUGGUGGACGAGGAGCGCUAUGAUAUUGAGGCUAAAGUGCUUCACAACACAAGAGAAAUCAAGGAUCUGAACAUCAAAGUCCUAGACCUGAGGGGCAAAUUCAAGCGACCCACCCUGAGGAGAGUCCGAGUCUCAGCUGACGCCAUCCUGCGCUCUCUGCUGGGCUCCAAACACAAGGUGUCCAUGGACCUGAGAGCAAAUCUCAAGUCCGUCAAGAAGGAAGACACAGAGAAGGAAAAGACCGUGGAGGUCAGUGACUGGAGGAAAAAUGUGGAGGCCAUGUCUGGAAUGGAAGGAAGGAAGAAAAUGUUUGAUGCGGCACAGUAAACAAGUGAAUACAAUCAAGAUCUGCCAACAUGCAAGUGUGUACAAGAGAAUUAAUUUCAAAAUGAAAACAUAUUUACUUUCCCAGCACACAUCCUUUUUAGCUUUUAGAUGUAAUAUUGGCUGUUGUUAAUCAGAAUGAGCCGAACUACAGGGAUUAAAAAUACUCCCUCAUUUUGUUAACGUGCCUCAAAAGCUUUAAAUCCAUAAUGAAAAAAGGGAGUUGUCAAGUUAUUUGUCAGUGUUGAACAUGUCAAAUCAAAAGCCCUGUUAUGAAAUUGUAGGAAAGAGUUAAAAUUCUUGUUAGAAGUGUCAUCAACAUUGUACUGUAAAUAAACUGUGUAAUCUGGAGAUAUCAUGUUUUAUCAUGUGAAUGUUUUUACUGGACAAAUGUUUGAUAAGGGAGAAAAUGACUGAUGAAGUGAAAUAAACUGGAAAUUCAUUA